AUGCACCCAUACAACCGGCUACCGAGUAGCGGACACAACAGCCCAUCGCCGCCGACUUCGCCGCUCCGCUCGCCCCGGUUCCGACACGGCCGCUCCAAAGCGGGUGGUCGGUUCAACCAGCCGGGUCGGACCCUAAUCCAGCGCAUCGUCUGGAACCUCCUCUCCGUUCUAAUCCGCCGCCAGGGCUUCUUCCUAUUCGCCCCUCUCCUCUACAUCUCCGGCAUGCUCCUCUACAUGGGCUCCGUCUCUUUCGAGGUCGUUCCCGUCAUCUCACGUCGUCUCGCCCCCGGCUCCGUCUACCGCAGCCCCCAACUCUACGCCAAGCUCCGCCCCGAAAUGGAUGCCGAUAACUCCUCUGCCGAUGCGAUUUCAACUGUAUGGAAACAUUCCUAUAGAAGCGGCGAGUGGAGACCGUGUGUAAACAAAUCCUCUGGAGGUUUGGCUGAGUCAAAUGGUUAUAUAUACAUUGAGGCAAAUGGUGGUCUAAAUCAGCAGAGGACUUCAAUAUGCAAUGCAGUUGCUGUUGCAGGCUAUCUUAAUGCAACACUUGUAAUUCCCAAUUUUCACUUUCAUAGCAUCUGGAGAGAUCCAAGUAAAUUCAGGGAUAUUUAUGACGAAGAUCAUUUCAUCAGUAUGUUGGAAAAUGAUGUCCGCGUGGUUAACAAGAUUCCUGAAUAUUUAAUGGAACGCUUUGACCACAAUAUGACCAAUGUUUACAACUUCAGAAUAAAAGCAUGGUCACCCAUUGUGUAUUAUAAGGAAGCUGUUCUCCCAAAGCUACUUGAAGAAAAGGUUAUACGGAUUUCUCCUUUUGCAAAUCGAUUAUCAUUUGAUUCUCCUCCUGCUGUCCAACGGCUAAGAUGCUUGGCAAAUUAUGAAGCUUUAAAGUUUUCAAGUCCUAUACUAUCUUUGGGAGAAGAUUUGGUUGCAAGAAUGAAAGAGCGCAGCACAAAUUAUGGUGGAAAAUAUAUUUCUGUUCAUCUUCGGUUUGAGGAGGACAUGGUUGCAUUCUCUUGCUGUGUUUUCGAUGGUGGAGAGCAAGAAAAUGAAGAUAUGAAAGCAGCAAGGGAAAGAGGUUGGAGAGGGAAAUUUACCAAACCUGGCAGGGUUAUACGUCCUGGAGCAAUCAGGAUUAAUGGAAAAUGCCCCCUCACUCCCUUAGAGGUUGGCUUGAUGCUUAGGGGAAUGGGUUUUGAUAAGAACACAUUUAUAUAUUUGGUCGGAAAGAUAUAUAAUGCUGAGAAGACAAUGGCCCCAUUACUGGAAAUGUUUCCUAAUUUGCAGACAAAAGAGAUGCUAGCGUCAGAUGAAGAGCUUGCUCCAUUCAAGAAUUAUUCUUCCAGGAUGGCUGCGAUAGAUUACACUGUUUGUCUUCAUAGUGAGGUAUUUGUGACAACUCAAGGGGGGAACUUUCCCCAUUUCUUGAUCGGACACAGAAGAUACUUGUAUGGUGGACACUCAAAGACUAUCAGGCCCGACAAGCGGAAGCUAGCAUUACUCUUUGAUAAUCCAAAAAUUGGAUGGAAGACCUUCAGGCGUCACCUGCUGGGCAUGAGGACCCAUAGUGAUUCAAAGGGCUUUGAGCUCAAGAGGCCAAAUGACUCGAUAUAUUCCUUCCCAUGCCCUGAUUGUAUGUGCCGCACAAACAAGACAGAAGGUUCAAGAGCAGCAUCAGCUACAUGAUUUUGCUUGAAGAUGCUUGUGAUCACGUGAGCACACCUUACUGCUGACUCUCCUUUUGUGUUGCUAUUCUUUCAUUUUUUCCCCCUCCGUCCUGACGUGUAGAGGCAUACACCAAUUUUGGGAGAUACAAGGAAUUUGUUGGAGGUCACAUUUGCCUAAUUACUUACCCGGGAUUGUACGGUGAAGAAGUUGGAUGAUUUUGUAUAUGAUGUCAGAAGACAAGGUAGCGAGACACCAAUCCUUUCAUCACAAGAGUUUCCCGGUGUUUGACGGAGCAUUGUUUCAUAUCUGCAGCUGCUGUAUUUGACAAGCUGUGCACUGACAGAUCACAUUCCUUUCACACCCUGGUUUGGCCAUGCAUGUAGAUUAGUUAGAGUUUGAUCUGCAAGUGCAAAUAGGGUCAGGUUGGAUAAUUUUUGUACGUUUAUCCAAGAUCAGGGUAUUCGAUUUGAUUUUGAUUCUUUUUUUACUGUGUUCUUUCGGGGUUUCAUACAUGUAUCUUUGCCUGAUCUCUAUCCCCUUCCGUAGAAGUUUUAGUGUCGUUACUGUCGCUCCCAGGAUAUGUACUCAUCAGUAUAUACAUUAAUUUUUGUGAUCUAGGGAGCUUCAAUGUAUUUAGUUUGGCUUCAAAUUUUUUGAAAUUGCAGUGUGUUUCGUUUUCUUUU